AUGUGUAAUUGCAGUAAAUUAACAUAUUGCAUGGGCAAUAUGGUUUAUAUAUUUGAAAGGUUAGCGUCAUGUUGUGCUUUGACGUCUGUUAUUACAUGCUUAAUAUUGACACUGCUUAUAAUGCUGGCCCUGGGCAUCGGACUAGGGUACAACUACUGCUAUAUUCAUAUGCAUACUGAGGAUAUGGAAGAUGGUAAUUAUGUACUAGAGAAACCAGUUUAUUCACACGUAACGACAAGUGCUGAUGGCCUUAUCGUUGUACAAUCCUCAGUUACAACUCCGCCAACGUCCUCAGUUACAACUCCGCCAAUGUCCUCAGUUACACCUCCGCCAAUAUCUUCAGUUACACCUUCGACAAUAGAUACCGACUCUGGUUGGAUUGUACCUCUCAAUACUGGCAUCGACUUCACGAAUCUCAUACAGAAGAUUAGAGAAAGGAAACAGAAUGUAACAAUACACCUGGUAGUUUAG